AUAGUUCCUCCAUCCACUCUAACUCAACAUGGACUCUGUCAAACUCUCAUCUCUCUCUCUCUACCUCUUUCUCCUUUUCAUUAUCAGUUUUCCCCAACAUUCCCUCUCAUGCGGCUCUUGCAACCCCCAAAAGGGCGGUAAGCCCUCCGUUAAACCCCCUGUACACGUUCCGAAGCUACCGGUUCCUCCAGUGACCGUCCCAAAGCUACCUGUUCCUCCCGUGUCUGGCAUACCCAUUCCUCCAGUGUCAGGGCUACCCGUUCCUCCUGUGACCGUCCCAAAGCUACCUGUCCCAAAAAUACCGGUUCCCCCUGUAACAGUCCCUACGCUACCCCCAAAGCUACCUGUCCCAAAGCUACCCGUUCCUCCGGUGUCAGGGCUACCCAUUCCUCCGGUGUCAGGGCUACCUGUUCCUCCUGUGACCGUCCCAAAGCUACCUGUCCCAAAGCUACCGGUUCCCCCUAUAACUGUCCCUUCGCUACCCCCCAAGCUACCUGUCCCAAAGCUGCCCGUUCCUCCGGUGUCAGGGCUACCCAUUCCUCCGAUGAUAGGCCCCAAUCUGCCAUUGCCACCUUUGCCAAUUGUUGGUCCCAUCCUUCCACCCGGGACAAAGCCACCGGCCCCAGGAGGCGGGGAUUGUCCUCCACCCCCAGGGAGUGGGAAGGCGACAUGUCCAAUAGACACUCUAAAGUUGGGUGCCUGCGUUGACUUAUUGGGUGGUUUAGUAAAGAUAGGGCUUGGGGAUGCAACUGUUAACAAAUGCUGUCCGUUACUUAAAGGCCUGGUUGAAGUGGAAGCUGCCGCUUGUCUCUGCACUACCCUUAAGAUCAAAGCUCUUGACCUCAAGCUUUACGUCCCUGUUGCUUUUCAGCUUCUUCUUACCUGUGGAAAAAAUCCACCUCCAGGCUAUACUUGUUCCAUAUGAUAAAGCUCACUUCACUUGAAGGAUAGUUUGGAGAAAAAAGUGAGAAGAGAAAAGAAGAGCUCCAAUAUUUCCUUUGUUGGUUUAUCUAAUCAUAUCAUAUCCCGUUGAUUCUUUCCUCUAUAUAUCGUUCCCCUCUGCUUGUAUCAACAAUUAAUGUGUGUGUUUCUAGACAAAUGACUCUUCUCUUUGUAUUGAAUGAUUUGAAAUCUUUUUUGAUAUUUAUUUGGGGUGAGUAUAACCUCUAUAAAUUACUACGAUAAAUCAACAUAUUAA